AGAGCCAUCACUGUCUACCUCUGAUAACACGGGGCAGCUUAAUGUUUAGCCCACACACACACACACAGAGACACACACACAGACACACUCACUCACACCCACAAAUACACAUACGCACACUUAGGGAAGCAGAGGGAUUACAAAGGCACAGAAACCCAUAUGCUGCCCUGGGAUGGAGAAUAUAAAACUAAGUACAAGGAGAACUAAAGGUAGCUGCGACCAAGGGACCAGUGUUGGAAAUGAAUCCCCAGCAGGACAACUUGGCAGCAGCUCCAGUCGUCCUCUCUCGGCUCUGGUCCGUCUCUAUGUCUAUGCGCUGCACGGCUGCCUAUGUGAGGUGGCCUUCACUGCCGUGUGCGACUGGGGCAGCACCAGAGACAGGAAGCUGGAAGGGCACAGCAGCCUGUGGGCACUGCCCAUGUACGCCACUGCAAUCUACCUCAUGGAGGGCCUGAGAACGCGGCUGCUCGCUCAGCCUAAGCCACUGCCCGUGCGUCUGAUGGUCUACACCCUGUUCAUCUACUCAUGGGAGCUGAGCUGGGGAGUAGGACUGGGGCUGCUGGGGGCCUGUCCCUGGGACUACUCCGGUUAUAGGUACAACCUGGGAGGACUGGUGACUCUGGAGUACGCAGUGCCCUGGGCUGUGGCAGCUUUUAUAGCAGAGCAGCAUGUGAUCAAGAACACUCUGCGGAUAAGACUGCACAACUGAACUGGCAUCUGUCUGGAAUAGUGUCCUUUCAAAGACAAGAAAACAUUUAUGGACAAUGUUUUAGGAUAUCAGAGGGACUUUUUGCGAAUUAACUCCAAUCGUUUAUGGGUGGUCUGUUUUGGAUCGUCUUUAGCUGGUGAGUGUUCACUGGUUGCUUGGAAAAGUCACAAAGAUGACAUGACUCCAAGUUUCUAUAUCCAUCCUCUUUCACAAUCCUAGCUUUCUGCCUCCGUUACGCUAAGAUAAUCAAUCACCUCCUGUGUCCAAACCAUAGACCACUUCUUCCCACUAUUUAGAACUGAAGCCAAACCAUCUCAGAUACGAACGCCACCAUCUUGACCAUUUGGAGCCAGAGUCUGUGCAUUAGUGAUCAGGAGAUGGAGCCAUGGUUCUUAAGUCCCACCGACACACUUGACUGAUCUUGAGUCAAAAUUACUGAAAUCAUCUUUGACAAAAACUGUAUUGAUGUUUACUUUGACUUUUUAUUUUGAUCCCUGUCCUGUCCACUAGCAUGGGGCAAGGGGGGGUUAUAACCUGAACUGCAGCCAGCCACUAGGGAGCAAUCUAUCUUUAUACACAAUCUUGGAGUGAAUGGGUAAAUUUCCCCAAAAUGUCAGAUGUCAAAUGUAUUGCUUUAAAAUAUAAUAUAAUAUUAUUUUCCCAUUUUAACUGAUCAAGUUAAAAACUGUAAUGGUGCCGAGGUCAGUGGCAAACUGCCAGGGGUUGAAGAAAAUAGGUGAAUGAAAAAUGAUGAACAUUUCCUGAAAACAGACCUUUUCAGCGGUCAAAUUAAACGAUUGAUUUACAGAUUUCUGCACCAUUGGAUGUAAAUCAAGCUUUGAAAGUAAAUGCCUAAUAAAAAUUCUGCUUGUGUCAAUAA